UGCAGAAAUACCCACAUUUUGAAUGCAGGACUUUGACUUGUAACAGUAUUUCCCUACAUUGUGGUAUUGCUACUUUUAAGUACAACAUGUGAGCACUUCUUCCAUCACAGUUUAUUCUAACUCAAAGGUCCAACAAGUUGUCCUGGAUUGGCCUCCAACAUCAGGUAAAGGACACCCUCUUGUGGUUCCCACUAAACUGGGUGCCAUCAAGGGGAUUAAGGGCUAAACAUUUUUUUUAAAAAUCGCCUUUUCAUCCUCUGCCUGCACAAACAAACUCUUACAGUGAGUAAUCUGCAUUGGUUUAAACAUUAAAGGGCUUAAAGGGUUGUUGGUGGUUCAGUUUAAUGUGGUGUGAGUCUUUUGAACACAACAAGGAAACAGCAGCAGCCAGCCAGAGGAGGGAGGAAGGUGGGAGGGAUCCAGCAGAGUGGCUCGAUGCUUCACUGUCACCUGGACGUGAAAUGAACACCUGUUGCUGCCGGCGAAAGGAAAAGAAAACGCUCAUAUUUCAGGUAGUUUGAAACGCCACAAAGGAGCAAAGGCCUGCUUUUAGUUAGUCAGACUGUUACCUGCAGACUGAGGCAACAAGAAGGACUGAAAGGAGCAAACUAAGGAUGAGUUUUUACCAGGAAGUCCUCCAGUAACCGAGCAGCCACAGAUUGAACAUGCUGCAGGUUGUAUGAGUGACAGAUAUGGGGCCAGCGAGAUCAUAUUUGCAGACUUUCACUGUGGUGGCACUUUUUUGCCUGUUUUUGACCAUUGAAGGUGUGAGGCCGGAGGUGCGUGGAAAGGUCGGAGGUGUGGUGGAGUUGGAGUGUAGUUUUCCUCCAUCAGAGCCAGCUGCUGUGUCCUCGGCGUCCCUGCAUGUGGUGGAAUGGGUCCGACAGGGACUCGAUAUCCCUGUCCUGAUCAAAUUUGGAUCCUAUGCGCCUCGCCUCCAUCCACAAUAUGAGGGGCGGGUGUCUCUGGUACGAAUCACUGACCUGAGGCUGGAGGACCUGCUGCUGGAUGACCAGGGCUUGUACGAGUGUCGAGUACUCUUACUGGAUGAACCUGCAGAUGAGCUGCAAAACGGCACCUGGACUCUGCUUUCUGUAACCGCUCCACCCACCUUCACCAAAGCCCCACCUCCUGUGAUGGAGGCUCUGGUUGGAAGUCACCUCUCUCUUGCCUGUGUUGCUAAUGGCAACCCUGCUCCAACCAUCACCUGGCUUAAGGAUGGCAGUGUGAUUCAAAGAAUAAAUUAUCAGGAAGGAGCCUUAUCUCUGCGAGCAGUGAGCAUGCAGUCAACAGGACAGUACACCUGCCACGCCUCCAACUCUGAGGGAAACGUGACUUGCGUGACCAAAGUGAAGAUCAAAGGUCCGCCUGUCAUUGUCGUCCCUCCCAAAAGCACCUCUCUCAACAAGUCCCAUAACGCACUGCUCCGGUGCCAGGCGGUGGCCGACCCACCAAACAUGACCUACGUGUGGCAGAAAGGCGGAGAGAACGUCCAUCACAUAGAGUCCCUGAAGUCGCGAGUGAAGAUCAUGGUAGAUGGAACUCUGCUCAUCUCCAGUCUCAUCCCUGAGGAUUCUGGGAACUACACCUGCAUGCCGACCAACGGCCUGCUGAACCCUCCAACCGCCUCCGCCAACCUCACAGUUAUGCACCCAGCCCAGGCGCUUCCAAUGCCCCAGAAGACGUACCUUCCCACAGGCAUGGAGGGCGUGGUCACCUGCCCAGUGGCAGCUCAGCCUCCGCUGCUCCGAGUGGAUUGGACAAAAGAUGGAGAACCACUUGACCUGUCCUUGUAUCCAGGAUGGACCUUGACACCAGAGGGCUCUUUGUUCAUGACCACAGUCAAUGACGAUACAGCAGGCGUGUACACGUGCACCCCGUACAACAGCUACGGCACCAUGGGCUCAUCUGAGCCAACGGACGUAAUUCUGCAGGACCCCCCAUCAUUCAGCAUCACUCCAGAGAAGCAGUACAGACAGGAGACCGGUAGAACCCUGCUCAUCCCCUGUCAAGGAAACGAGGACCCCACAAUUAGAGUGACCUGGAGCAAGGUUGACUUGGCUCGUCGCACAUCGUACUCCAUAGAACCCAACGGUUCUCUGCUCCUGCAGCCUCUCGCUAAGGACCACCAGGGCGCGUGGGAGUGCAUCGUUGCUAACCGUGUAGCCUCGGUGAAAGCCAGCACGCAAGUCUUUGUCCUGGGAACCAGUCCCCAUGCGGCUACUUCUCUGUCCGUCUCACCGGGGGUGAAGCAAGCCAACGUUUCCUGGGAGGCAGGCUUUGAUGGAGGAUCAGCACAGACAUUUUCAGUUUGGGUGAAGAAGACUUCGGCGAGCGAUAAUGAUGAGAAGCAGGACUGGUUCUCCGUGCCCGUGCCCCCCUCCUCUGGCAGCUGGCUGCAGGUGACAGACCUGUCUGUCGCCACCGACUACCAGUUCAGCAUCCUUUCUCACAAUAAAAUGGGCACAGGACCCUUCAGCGAGAUUACCACCGCGCGGACCUUGGAUCCUCCGCCGAGGAGAAGUAAACCGAAGCCCCCUGCGUCGCUGACAGCUAAUCAGGGCCCAGCAGGUGUCGUUCUGCGAUGGUCCCUUCCCGAAUCUCAGCACCCUCCCAUCACGGCCUUUGUUCUCCAAUCCCGCACCGAGCAAGGGGAGUGGUUUCAUUUGGACGAGGACAUCGGCGCCAACAGCAGCGAGAUAGUCGUUCCGGGUCUGCGCAAGGACUGUGUGUACGAGCUGCGGCUGCUAUCUCGUCGCGGGGAGUUGCUGAGCGAGCCCAGUCCAUCAGUCAAUGUCUCCACCAUAGGGAUGGAGAUCUACCCCGCCACAUCCCGACUCCUGGAGUUCGUCCCGGAGCCAUUACUUGCCGGCGUGCUGGGCGGGGUCGCCUUCAUGUGCUUGGCACUGGUCUUGCUGCUGGGGUCCGCCUGUGUCAUCAGCCACAAGAGGGACCGGCGUCGCAGGAACAAGAAGGAUGAACCCCCUUCUGCCAUCUAUAAAUGCUCCCCAUCAAUAAAGACUUCAGGCACUGGCAGUCCAGACAGUGUGUUGAAGACAAGCCUACUUCCAGCCAGCAUCCUCUAUCCCACCACUUCUUCUACCACCACCACCUCCUCCUCCUCCUGGCAGACAGACUGUUCCUCCUUUAGCACUGAGAAUCAUCAUCGGCGGAAGCAGCUCCCGUCCAACUACAGCAGAGGCCGCCUCACUAGGACAACUUCUUCUCCCGUUUCCCCUCCAAUCGAGUUGAUCUCUAGAGGUCCAGAUGGGCGCUUUGCGCUCCUGCCGUACAGCAAUGACGCCUUGAGUUUUCACGGCGAGAAAAGCGGACGGUAUGACCAAGCUAGAGUCCGAAGGUCUGUGUCGCUGCACUCGGAGAGGGAAGACAGGAAGCAGCCAGCGUUUGUGCUCUCUGUUGAUCUCCCACCUUGCAAACCAGCUAAUUCCACAAACCAAAUCUGUGGCCUCUCCCAGGGCCCGCCCCAUCACCGCCCUUAUAUCUUGGAUCAGAAGGCAAGCUACAAUGACUUCAGCAGCCUGUAUUCAAACGGUAGUUUGGCCACCAUUCCUCAUCAAGACAGAGUAAUAACGCCCACAUUUCCAGUGCUCCCACACAUCCGAUGCGGCCUAGGUCAGCCGUCUACGACCGCCAGCUCUCUCGUUCUCCAGAUGGAGCACGAGCGGGAGCGGGGGAACCUGAGUCGCUGCCUGAAGCUGGCUCACGAGAGGGAGGAGCUGGAGAGGGAGCUCCACAGGUACACGCUGGAGAGAGGCUCCAUGAGGGAAAUGAAGAGGGACCUGGAGAGCGGAGAGGCUGGCGGUAAUGAGCUUGUGUGGGAAUAUAAGAGCAGCACCUUGCCUCACAGGCACCCCCGGGGCGGCAAGGAGAGCUUUUGUCUGCCUCAGAGCCCUUUCUCUUCAUCUUCUGUGCUCUGGGACGCCCGUCCUCUUGUCUCUCCUCUCACUCUGAUCCCGGCCAGGACCCGUUUCGAAACGUCGUCGCCUUCGAGUCCAUCUUGUUUUAAGUCCGGCGACUAUCAUCCUGCUCCCUCCUUCACCAAACAGACCCCCCUCCUAUCUGAGGAGGCGGGCGGUUAUUCCAAAGGCAGAUUAAGUCUCCCACAUCUCUCCUCAAAGCACCAGAGACAUGAAAGCGUAGAGGCAGCACCAGAGGGCUAUGAUAAUUCACCACAAUCCACAGUCUUAGAAAUGCAAACGAAUGAUUCAUGCUCUGAGGCACGGAGACGGAACAAUCUUAGUCAUGGCAGCCUUUCAACGUUGUCCUUCCAUAGCAGUAAAUAUACUGAAAGAUCUAAUUGGGCUGCCGAUGGAGUGCCAGACUCUUCCAAAGCGGAGGUAGUGUUCCCCCGGCCCACUGAUGAAGACGUGUGUGUUGAGAUGAGUGUGGAUGAGCCAGAGCUGGAGGCGUGUGUGAUGCGGCCUGAGUCAAAGCCCAUGCUGCACCACAGAAUCGCCUCUCAUGUGCAACAUGGGCGCUCGCUGACUCGCCAAGGUCGUCGUGAAGACGUGAGCAGGAGCGCAGGCUUUAACUGCCGCAGUCUUGCUUCCGUGGACGACAUUAUCAGGGCUUCUCCGCACACUCCAGAACCAGAACUCUGCAGAUCUGUGAUCCAGGGCUCGAAACUCUGGGACUCUAAGCAGCGAAGUCAGAGCCUUGACUCGCGGAGGCGGAGAGAGAGCCGUUUCCUGACUCCUGAUGCAUGGAUAGAUUCUCUAAGCCAAGAAAACUGCUCUGUUGCGUCAUCCUGUCGUCCAGUCACUCUGUUGUGGGAACCCCAGAGCUCUCCGACCAGGAAGAUCUCCAAAUCUCCUGCAAAUUCUCCUUCUGCUGCCCAAGCUGCCUCCCAAUCACCACCCGCGGUGGACGCUUUAUCUCUAAGGAGCAGACCAGAUAGGCCCGCACCAAAUGCUGACGUGCCUUGCAACUAUGAGCCAAGAAGAGAGGCGUCCAGCUUUCCCAACGCUGCCAAAUGGCCAAUCGACUACCGGGAGGCCAUGAAAGCGGCACAAGGUUCCUUGGAGGCCAUGAAGGAAGCUUCCAGAUGCUUAGACAAUUACCAAGAGGCGCUAGAAGUGGAGGCAGGGGGCUACGAGGGAGAGUCCGGGAGCAGCUACAGCAGCUACGCCAGCAGCGGCCGAGGCAGCAUGGAGCCCGCUAACGGACGCCUGUCGCUGUGUCACCUUUCCCCGACCCUCACCUGCUCACCUGAGACCGUAGAGGAGAGCCAAGAGGACAAGCACAGUCAAAUGAAACAGAGCCAAAGGAGAAAGGCCUCAGUCGAUGAGAAUUAUGAGUGGGACGCUGCUGAUUUCUGCUCACAGCCUGGAGACCAUGACGAACUGCUUCCUUCAUUGAAUCUACUGAAGCCUGCUCCGCGCUGUAGCCUUCCCAGAAUGCAGUGCUCCACCAAGGCACAGAAAAAUUGCGCUCAGCUCUCUUUGCUCCUGGGGCAUCAAAGCAGCUGCUCUGCUGAGCCAGAACCAGACACCGUGCUGUUCUGACGGCGCCUGCCUUCGGCUCAUCUCACCUGGUGUGUCCUUUCACUUAUUGACUGGUGUCGCAAGGCGACAAAAAGUGCAUGUAGCAGAAAGUGAGCUUUUGUCUGACUCAAUCUAAUUCCCUCAUUCAAACCAAGAAAAGACCUCCACAGCUUGUUAGGGGGUAUUCUGCUUGGUCUCUUUGUUAAACUUCACUUAGAAAAUAAUGGUUUUCAACAACACAGGUCUCAGUGAAAAGUAACGGAGACACAAAAUCACCUUUACCCUUAUGCAGAGCUUUGAAAGUUUGUUUUGCUUUGUGACUGGCAUCAUCAUCACGCUCUUGGCAUUUUCUUUUGAGACAGUCUGCCAAUCUGCCAAUACCAAAGCUUUUCACCGCGCUGAUGGAUUCACCACGUUCUCCGUGUGUGGUUUGUUAUGCAUUCAUCAUCCAGGGAUGACUCAGACCUCAGUCAUCAUCAAGUGACUGGUUUAGGCUGGGGAUGAUUAUGCUUUUGUAUAUGAUAUCAUCAAUCACCUCUCAGCUUAACAAGAGCUGUUUAUGAAAUGCCAAUAAAUAAGGAAGAUAAAUAGUAUAUAAAAUGGUAAGUUGCUGCACUGUUACUGUUUUGCUUGAGUGUAACACAGUUUCUAAAAGAGUAAUUUCCCAAAAGAGAUCAUUAUCUGCUUUUUUUUGCCCUUAAAAUACUGUGGAUUUUUGGAAUAUAAAAAUCUACUCAGUGUGGAUGAAAGCCUUCAUUUCCUCUCCAGGCCGUCUCCUUGUUCAGCGAAGUAAUACCUCUAAUUAUGUUGAGUAAUUGAAGAGGGUCAAGUCAACUUGUAGGAUUUGUCCUUGGUUGUUCUUUAUGGACAUAAAGGGAGAUUAUUUAUUCUUUUGACUUUCAUUUAGCAAUUCACUCAACAGGCGUUUUUGGACCGGAAGAACUUUUUCAUAGUUCUAAGAAUCCUCCUUUUCAUUGUGUCCGCACCGCAAGAACAAGGAACGAUCGUAGUUCAUAGCAUGCCAUUUUGAGCAUAGACUGUAUAUAAGAAGUAGACGUAGUCACCGUGAAGUCACACAUUGGUUUGUGGACUGCCGUUUUGAAUCCACGAGUUUGGCAUUUUGGCCAUCGCCAUCUUCGUUUUUGGCCGUCGCAAUCUUGUUUUUUUGCAACCAGAAGUGACAAGAGAGGGUGGAGCUAAUUACAACUGAACACUGAAUAAAAAGUUUUCAGGAGACCAAAAAGAACAUAAUUAACUUUCAUGAACUGAAAACACACUGUGAAAGGGUUAAGGUUGUAGGACGAAAACACCCAGACUGAACAACGCUGUGUUUACAAUGUUUACUGAGGUAAUAAAUCAAGUGAGAAGUA